AUGAAGAGGAGCGUUCCCUAUGAGAAAGCGACGCACCUGACUGCCAAUUCCUUCUCACCAAAUCCAAAGCUUUUUAAAGUUUGGAAACAUUACCCAUUGCUUCCUCAUGGGCCAUUGGAGAAAGACAUCGCUCGUGCGCUGGCUAAGUUUGCUGAUCAGAAGCUUAUAACUGAAGUAUGGGAAGCUUUCAAAAUGGAAGGAGAAAAAAAGGAGAAGGCAAUCAAAGCUGCCGUGGAAUCAUUGGCAAUUGUUGUAGAGAAGCAAAUUGAAGGAAGAAUAUUUUCAGGGGAGACGAAAUACGGUAUUUAG